CAAUAGUACGCCGGAGAUCGAAGACCUGCUUAGGAACUGUUAGCGUUUCGCGGAACGCUCCUUUGUGCAGCUCGUUUGUGAGAGUGUGUUUUGUGGUUAGGUAUCCUUGUCCCCUCUUGUUUCCGGCGUGCAAAGUGUAACGGUUCCAAAGCUACAAUGUCCAAGUCGCGAUCGCCAACCACAACCGUGCCAGCUCCCGAACAUGAAGCAUUCGUCCGCAGCAAACCGGAACCGAUCCCGUUCUCACAGUUCCUGUACAACUCGUCCGAGGGUACCGUGCUCGGGCGAAAUGCAACGUCCUGGGCGAAAAUCGGCACAUUCUACAUAGUUUUCUACAGCGUUCUGGCCGCGCUGGUUGCGGUGUGCAUGUGGGUUUUCUUUCAAACACUGGAUCCUCGCAUUCCCAAGUGGCAAAUGGAUCAGUCACUGAUCGGCACCAAUCCGGGAUUGGGUUUCCGUCCCCUGCCGUCAGAGGACAACGUUGAGAGCACGCUGAUCUGGUACAAGGGCACCGAGGAGAAGAACUACAAGAUGUGGACGGACGCGUUGGAUGAUUUUCUGCAAGACUACCGAACUCCCGGUCAGGUGUCGGGCCGCGGUCAGAACAUCUACAACUGUGACUUCAACCAGCCACCACCAAAGGGUAUGGUUUGCGACGUCGACAUCAAGCAGUAUGGGCCGUGCACGCUGGAGAACCAUUACAACUACCACAAGAGCGCCCCGUGCAUAUUCCUGAAGCUCAACAAGAUCUACGGCUGGGUUCCGGAAUUCUACAACGAUUCGAACGCGCUGCCCUCGAAUAUGCCCACCGACCUGAAGGAGUACAUCAAGGAUAAGGAAGCCAAGGAACGAACCACGAUGAACACCGUGUGGGUUUCGUGCGAAGGCGAGAACGCCGCCGACAUCGAAAACGUCGGACAGAUCCAGUAUUAUCCGCGGCGCGGAUUUCCCGGCUACUACUAUCCGUAUGAAAACUCCGAAGGCUACCUGAGCCCGCUGGUGGCGGUGCACUUCGAACGCCCAGUGCGUGGCAUUAUCAUCAAUGUGGAGUGCAAGGCUUGGGCCAAUAACGUUAAGCACGACCGAUACGAACGGUUGGGUUCGGUCCACUUCGAGCUGAUGAUCGAUUAAAGAAGUUACGAUCACGCCGCGGUUCACGCUGGUUAGUGAUUCGGUUAACUUCCUCGCAGCCCAUCGCCAAAAGCAAGCCAGCAGCAGCAACACCCAGAGCAGCUUCGGAGGAAAAUUAGCCGCCAUCUUUUAGAAUCUCGCACGGAAUGUCAACACAAUCCUCCUUUUCUGACUGCACUAAAACAACAACACAAAAAUGCCCCGUGGCCAUACCCGAGCGAGACAGCAGGGAUUACAAAAACGAGAGAAAAACUACGGCCAACUCCAGAAUCUAGUAAAGCGCACCAACCACGACACCUAAGACAGGGGUAACAAGAUCAGCGCGCGCGGGGGUCCUAAAGAAAGCUCGUAUAGCUACGCGCAGUGGGAAAAGUGGGCAGAAACGAUGAUUAGGGAAGGCGUACUGUUAUUCAUGGCGCUUGUUCGCCACGCUUUAUACGCCUACCAGCUUACGUUGUUACGCAUUGAUAACCCAAUUUUUCAAUCUCCAAUUUCUUCGUGUGAAUUUUCGAUCGUAAGAAUCUCUUCUACUAACAACUUGCUUGCAUGCAAAGCCCUCAGAGAAGGCUUUAUGGCCAUGUAAUUUAGCGCUUGAACGUCAAACUUUUAAAUCCGAUUUCGCUCGCGCACACGGCUCGGUGGACACUGAAAUCUGGCAAAGCAGUUGAUCUCAUAGAUCCUUAAGUGGCAGAUUUCCGAUCCGACUACACCACACCCAACCUGGUCCCUAACUGCGAAGGCAAUAUUAUCUCAAUUCUCAAUGUACGCCUCUGUAAAUAUCAGUCUUCCCCGUUCGAGCGUGUGGUGUGUGGGUUACGCAUAAACGGGACAAAGCAGCAGACUUUUGACAUCGUUUAUAACUCGCAAAAUGAAUGUUUCGCGCAGCUCUUUUCUGCUUCAUACCAGUUACGAGUUUGUGCUACUGCCAGCUAUGCAUCAGGUAGCUAAAAAUAUCCCAAACACACCACUGAAGCUACUUGAAGCUGAUCGCAUUCUCUUACCUUGUGGCGCCAGUUCUCUAUAACUCAUGUGUGUUGUGUUGGCUUUAUGUGAACCGAUUCAUAAUAUCCUUACGCGCAACGAACGCGCGCGGCGCACAGUGGUCGUGCGGUUCAUGUUUGUUUUCGUUUUUGUCUACACUCAACUUCACAUACAAUGUGGCUCCCCCUUUACACCUGUACGAGCAGCAAUAUCCCACCAGUUUAGAUAGUUUGUGGAAAACGUUUUGAACUUUUUGCGAAAUGCUUUUUCUUACCGAUUACAAACUAACCAAUUCAACGUGUCUUCUACGUAGAUCGAGAUGGUAGGAGGGACGCAACGAGGGAACAACUUGUCUGUUAGAUUAGGGAUGUGUCUGAAGUAGUACACGAUUAGCAAACACCAGAGGAGCGAAAACGCCAACUUCUUUUAGAGAGUGACGAAGCACUUGCGCGUUUCGUGCCGCCAAACAAACAGUAGCAAUAGCACAUACAAGCAACCUUUUUCGAUGCCUUUUUCUGAGAGUAGUGUUAUUGUGACUCAAGUGCCAAUCAAUCGCCGGAGAAGAUCAUUGUGUAGUAGCUCCACCACCAAAUAUGUGGCCCAUCACAAACAACCCAAACGAACCUCUCGCAAUCUCUUGUGGACCCGUUGCGGGUCGCAAUCAUUUGGUUAGAAUAAUUCUCUGUUUCUGUUUUCAACCAACUAGCCGUUUUAACGUAGCCAUAGUUUUAACUCUAGAAGCAUCGUGUGUCGUAAGUCGUGUCUCACUCGUUUCGUGCGCGUGUAUGAAUGUAGUUCCGCACCAUAAUCACAACCAAUCGUCAAAAAGCGAAGCUACCCACGAAGCGAAGAGUUCGAAUUUGUUCCCAAACCAAGCGAAACAAGAACACUAAAAUUUCUUUACAAUUCGUCCAAGGAAUCAAAAUUCCGCUCUAAUUUUAUUUUUGUUUAUUGAAAAUAUAUCUGCAUUUUAUUCUCUCAUAAGAAGUGAAAAAACGUAACGACGAGUUUGGUUUGCCAAGAGUUUUCACUUGAUAGCGAAAUCGAAAAUGACAAAAAGACAGUAGCGUGUUAACGUGUCGCGGAACGCGGAGAGAAUUUCACAUCUUUACAAAAGAUAAAGCAAACAUGCUAGUGUCGGCCGUGCUCGGUUUCCGGCCCACACCUACCCGAACCGGAUUCAAACUGCUAUCACAGGAGUGUGACGUUAAACCGAUCGUUUAACAACAAAACAUAAGAGCUGUUACAAUUUGCGAUUUGGCAGUUCAAGAUCCAUGCACGAUCAUUUUCUAGUUUGAUCCGUACGUUUUGCAGAAUACAAAAUCGAACGUUAAAAAGCCGCGAGCCUGCGCGAACUCGACAGGCAGACGGAUGCGUGCCAGGGCUAGGGAGAGAUACCAUCGUUCAGAGCCAACCUUGUGCGACGUUCCGAUAGAUAGUGCUAUAAUUGCAAAUUGUAAGAAGAACCUAUGUAAUUGUAACGCGAACCGAUCCGAAUAAAGAUUAGAAAACCAAACAACUCUCUGGAACCCUGGGACUCUCUUACGAUCCGCCGAUGGGCAUGAUUUUGGUGUAGUGUUAUCAGUGAGUAAAGUCGUUUGCUGUU